CGCUUUGGCCGUUCAGACUGAAGUCGCAUGUCAAAAGAUCGGAUAUGUAUCGAUUUUAGGACCACGUAUCCAAGUGGCCUGGGUCGCAUUUGAAAAAAUUUGAUCUGUGUUGUUCAGACUGUCAUUAAAAGAUCAGAUACAGGUCACAUAUGGGCCAAAAAAUCUGAUUUGGGUCACUUCAGGCUGCAGUCUGUUAGCUUACUACUACUCAAUACUACUGCUAGCAUUAGACCAAAUAUAUUUAGUAUUUUUAUGAAUUAAAUUAACUGCAGAGUGUCCUAAAAAGGUAAAGUAAUCUGACCCGGGGCAUGUGAGAGCUCAGGUGGUUGGACUUGUGGCUUGUUGAGUUCAGGUUCUGCUGAAAAACAAACUCUAUUAGCUGGUAGCUUUGCGCUGUUAGCUCUUAGCUUAGCUUAGCUUUGGACGGUGAAAUGUGGCUUCUCUCUCGGACUGUAGUUCUCCCGCUGGAAACGUUACAAAAGCCCAACACUGAUGUAGUGUAAUAUUCAAAAUAGACACUUUCUAAGUGUUUGACGUUUACACUGUGAAUCAACAACUACUUAUUUUACUCUACAGCAUUGUCAUAGUGGAAAUAACGCUUGACUAUGUUAAAACAUGUCAUAUCUGGAUUUUCUUCCCUUUACUCACAACAACACCGUGAAUUUAACACUUUGCUGUGUAAUGGGAAGGGGUGGGGGCAGAGUGUCUUGGGGUAAGCAUAGCAACAGCAGCUUGUUUAUAGCGAUCUUAUCAGUGUUAUUAUGCUGUAGUGGUUAUAAAUUAAACUGUACUAAGAGAGAUAGGAUUUACAGCACACUUGUAACUUCCUUGUUUGACCCUCCCUUGUUUGUGAUUUUGACACACACUUGAAAACUUCACAGACUGCUCAGAGAGGGCAAGCAAUUUCCACAAGGACUUUUGUGUGGUAUUCUUCAACUUUGUUUUGGAUUUGUUGAUAAUCCAUGAAUCCCCUUUGUGUUUGAAGAUGGACAUUUUUUCCAACCAAUUGUGGAUGUUGGGUUUUCUAGCUAUUAUUCACCAAGCACAAGCAUAUGCCAGUGGUGGUUUUCCACAAUCAUGUGACUCUAUGCUUGUUGAACAUGAUAGUCCUGCUCAAAACGGCCCCAUCCCAUUUGAAGUUCAAACUUUCAAAGCUAAACAGGAUUUAAUUACUGUAACACUUAAAAGUACAGGCAGUAAGACAUUUACAGGAUUUAUGCUGGAGGCUCGGAGUAAAGUGAAUGAUUGUAUUGUGGGUAAAUUUAUCAUCUUAGAUUCACAAAGCACCCGCUUUUUAAACUGUAAUAAUUCAGCUGGUUCAGCUGUCAGCCAAAAAGUUAACAAUGAAAAAACCUUACUUAAAGUUAACUGGACAGCUGAAGCUGGUGAUGCUGAGAGUGUUAUAUUCAGAGCCACAUUUGUCGAGAAUUAUGCAACAUUUUGGAAUCCAGUUGAUUUUAAUGUGGCCAUACCAUCGCCAUCACCAACUACAAUGCCAGGUAGCACAACAGCAGUUACUGAGACUACUGCAGCAGCAGACAUUACACUGACGAUAACAGAAUGGACCAGAAAUAUUACAGUGCUUCCGAUACAUACAACAGAAUUUAGUACAAUGAUUUCUACAAAACCAGAAGGGAGCACUGUUGCAAGUUCUUCAAAUCAAUAUACCACAACAAAAAUCACAAUGAGCAGUACCAAACUAAAGCCUCACACAACAGUUGUUUUACCAUCAAUUUCAACCAGUCAAAGCAGUUCUCUUGGUACCAGCACAACCCCGAAUAGGGAAGAAAGAAAGUACACCCCUCAAAUGGCAUCUGCUGUUUUUGUGAUCUCAUUUGUUCUAAGUGUCCCUUUAAGUUUCCCCAAUAAUGCAAAAUAUCACAACAUUCAUAAGUGGACUAGGAUACUUAGCUGUGUGUUCACUGUUUCACUUGCACUGUCUGCCUCGGUUUUGGUGGUGGUGAAGGAUUCCCUGAAUAGUGUUAACAUUGGAAUAGGAUUUGCAAUGACAGUGACUGCUGUGAUAACAUUUGUCCUACAGAUGUUUGUCUGUUUUAGGAUUGGACGCAGUCAUGAAUUAAAGGAGUUUUUUGAUCUUUCUUCUCUGGUAUUAUUUGUCAUCCAAGAAGUUUUUGCAAUCAUCUUUAUCUACCAAUCUACCAAACAUUGCCAAAUCUGGAUUCUGGGAGUGUUAAUAACACUUACAGUAUGGAUUGGUCUGCAGAUGAUGUACAUUAUUACUGUAAUGGUUCUUGAAGUCACUGGUGUCAUAAACAAAACAGGGAUGCAAACACUACCAGUGCGUAUUACUAUCACAGUCCCAAUAUUUUUCACUGUUGCUUUCUGUGUGGCCAUCAUUGUGGGAAUAUGUCAGUGUUAAGUUGGCU